AUGAGCCACUUAAUGUCCCUACCCAUCGUGCUGCUGAAGGAAGGCACGGACAAGGCCCAGGGCAAGAGCCAAAUCAUCCGUAACAUAAACGCAUGCCAAAUUAUCGUGGAUAUAAUAAAGACGACUCUUGGACCGCGUGGCAUGGACAAGCUGAUCUACACAGACAAAGAUGUGACAAUAACAAACGAUGGCGCGACGGUGAUGAAUCUGCUAAAUAUUUCACACCCCGCAGCGUGUAUCCUAGUAGACAUUGCGAAAUCACAGGAUGAAGAAGUAGGAGACGGAACAACCUCCGUUGUAGUAGUAGCAGGAGAGUUACUAAAUGAAGCAAAGCAAUUAAUUAACGAUGGAAUAGAACCUAAUAUGAUUAUAGAUGGGUUCAGAAAUGCAUGCACAGUAGCGAUUAAUAAAUUAAAUGACCUCAGUCUUAGAUUCGUAAGCAAAAGUGAAGAAGAAAAAAAAGAAAUCCUAAUCAAGUGUGCACAGACAGCAUUAAAUUCGAAGCUUGUCUCCAACCAUAAGGCCUUCUUUAGCGAGUUAGUAGUAAAUGCUGUUUAUAAAUUAGGGGAUAAUCUGGAUAAAUCAAAUAUAGGCAUUAAGAAAGUCACAGGUGGGUCUUGCUUAGAUACACAACUGAUAUACGGAGUGGCGUUUAAGAAGACCUUCUCAUAUGCAGGUUUCGAACAACAACCAAAAAGAUUUCUGAACCCAAAAAUACUUCUACUAAAUGUAGAGUUAGAAUUAAAAGCAGAGAAGGAAAAUGCAGAAGUAAGGAUUGAUAACCCUAGUGAUUAUAAUUCCAUUGUACAGGCAGAAUGGGAAAUAAUUUUUAAGAAAUUAAAUUUAAUUAAAGAGAGUGGUGCAAAUAUUGUUCUGUCUAGACUCCCCAUUGGAGAUAUAGCUACUCAAUUUUUUGCAGAUAAUGAUAUUUUUUGUGCAGGGAGAGUAGAAGAUGCAGACUUAAAAAGAACUGCAAACGCAACAGGUGGUAUUGUACAGACAUCCCUUUUCAACUUAAACGAAAACAUAUUAGGUAGCUGUGGAGUCUUUGAAGAAAUUCAAAUUGGAAAUGAAAGGUACAAUAUUUUUAAAGAAUGUCUGAAGACUAAAUCAGUUACCAUUAUCCUGAGAGGAGGUGCUAAUCAAUUCAUCGAAGAAGUGGAGAGAUCAAUUAAUGAUGCUAUCAUGAUUGUACUCAGAUGUAUUGGUAACUCCGAAAUUGUUCCUGGAGCAGGAUCCAUAGAGAUGCAGUUGUCAAAACAUCUCAGAAUAUAUAGCAGAUCCAUAUGCAAUAAGGAACAGAUCGUUUUGUACUCUUUCGCCAAGGCUCUUGAAUCCAUUCCUAGACACCUCUCUCACAAUGCAGGUUAUGACUCAACAGAUAUUUUGAACAAGCUGAGGAAGAAGCAUUCCGAGGAGACUAGCGACAUAUGGUACGGAGUGGACUGCCACGAGGGGGACAUCAUCAAUGCGUAUGAACACUGCAUCUUUGAAGUCACCAAAAUUAAGAGGAACGUAAUUUACAGCGCUACUGAGGCCGCCUGCCUCAUCCUCUCUAUCGACGAAACGAUAAAGAACCCUGCCAGCAACGCCGACAAGGGCCCGCGCAACCCGUACGCCUGA